GCCACUCGGACGUCAAGACGUGUCACAACGAGCAGCAAUCGAAAGAGUAUCAAAGAUAUCAACUAUAAGGACAUCAGCUCAACAGAAGAGAUCAAUUCGGAUGAUGUGUUGGAAUGGGAUGAAGGUGAUACGGUGGACGUGAAUGCGAUUGGUGAGCAUGGUGUGCCCGGAACGGAAACAAUCGAGAAAGUUAUACGGCAUCGAGCCGGCUAUCCGGGCGCCACAGGUUCGGCAACGACCUGCUAUAAUGUUGAGGAUAAAGGUGAUCCGAACGUGAAACCCACAUCAGAUGACGAGAAAAGUGUUGAAUUGGAACGACAAUUUCUGAUCAAAUGGUUGGGAUGGUCACAUCUGCACAACACUUGGGAAUCAGAGACGAGUUUGAAGGCAGUGAACGCGAAAGGAAUGAAAAAAAUUGAUAAUUAUAUGAGGAAAUUGCGUGAAAUUGAAGAAUGGUAUGGAAGAGAAUUUCAUUUGUCAUGA